AGGCAGCCCCGUCGGCCACUGUGUGUCUCCUGAAGACAGUUGUGAAGAUGCCACUCACCAGUGAGCAACAGAAGCGGAUGGAGAAAUUCAAAAACAGAGGCAAAAACCUUCUAGAAAUGCGAAGGCAAAGAGUGGAAACGGAAGUUGAACUUCGCAAGGCGAGGAAAGACCUGCAGAUCUUGAAGCGAAGGAACAUCAGUGUCGGCACAGAAGAUGACCUCACACCAGAGAAGAAUCAGGCUGCUCAAAUUCCUUUGGAGGAAAUGGUCGAGGCGCUGAAAUCAGACGAUCAACAUCUUCAUCUCAAGGCAACCAUGUCCAUCAGGAAACUACUCUCUCAACAGAAGAACCCUCCCAUUGACCAAGUAGUUAAAGCUGGGGUCAUUCCUAAACUCGUGGACUUUUUGUAUCAUCACGAUGCUCCAAGUUUGCAACUGGAGGCUGCUUGGGCGCUCACUAACAUCGCUUCUGGGACAUCCGACCAGACCAAAGCCGUCGUGGAGGCCAAUGCCGUGCAAGGCUUGAUAGUCAUCUUGUCUUCUCCAAAGAUGCAUAUCUGUGAGCAGGCUGUGUGGGCCUUGGGGAACAUAGCAGGUGAUGGCCCCCUGUAUAGAGAUGUGCUGAUCAACUUCAAUGCAAUCCCUCCGCUCCUGUCCUUGGUGACACCUUGCACUCCGGUUGGGUUCCUGCGCAACAUCACAUGGACGCUGUCCAACCUCUGCAGAGGCAAGAACCCGUAUCCUCCCAUGGCAGCUGUGCAGCAGAUUCUCCCCAUGCUCAUGAACCUUCUGCAGUAUGACGACGAGGGCAUCCUUGCGGACGUCAGCUGGGCUUUCUCUUACCUGACGGAUGGCUCCAAUGACCGCAUCCAUGUGGUGGUGGAAGCUGGGGUGCUGCCGCGGCUGGUGCAGCUCCUGGCCUACGCAGACCUGCCAAUCCUGACUCCAGCUCUCCGCACUCUGGGCAACGUAGUCACCGGCACAGACGCGCAGACACAGAUGGCCAUCGACGCCGGUGUGCUGUCUGUCUUGCCACACCUCCUGCACCACCCUAAGCCUUCCAUACAGAAGGAGGCAGCCUGGGCUUUGAGCAACAUUGCAGCAGGGCCCAGCAGUCAGAUACAGCAGCUCAUCACUUGUGGCCUCCUGCCUCCCCUGGUGGAACUGCUGGAGAAGGGAGACAUCAAAGCUCAAAGGGAAGCUGUGUGGGCGGUUUCCAACUUCACCACUGGAGGGACGGUGCAGCAAGUGGAGGAGAUGGUCCAGGCGGGGGUCCUUAAACCUCUGCUGAACUUGUUGGCUAUCAAAGAUUCCAAAAUUAUCCUCGUCGUCUUGGACAGCAUCUCCAGUUUCUUCCUGGCUGCUGAGAAGCUGGGUGCAACGCAGAAGCUGUGCCUUUUGGUGGAAGAGCUUGGGGGCCUGGAGAAGAUCGAAGCCCUCCAGACUCACGAGAACACCUUUGUCUACCGAGCUGCCCUGGGCCUCAUAGAGAAAUAUUUUCCCGACAAUCAAAGUGAAAACUCGGUUUCGGAAACAGGAGAAGGAACAGCACCUUCACCUUUCUUGACUGAUAUGCAAGACUGCUUUAAAUUCUGACUGGGAGGCCAGCCCACAACGCACUUUCUUGACUUGCUGAAAGGCACCACGUUUCACUCGGCUAUUUAAAAGCACUACCAGGGGAAAGGGGUUCAUUUGUAAUGAAUAAAUAUUGCUUUUGUAAUGAAUGAAUAAUGUAAAAAUAAAUCCUGCAUUUGUACAAAUCUGCAUCUCAGGCCAGCUCUUUCAGGGAGAGUAGUCUCAGAUUUG